GCUCAGUCAGUGUAUUGGUGUCAAACGAGACGGACGAAUUUGGCGGCAGAGAGAUUUUCAUUGCGUUUCGCUCGUUCGUUCGGUCGCGCCCCCUCUCCCACUCUAUCUCUCUCACUCGCACCAAAUUGUGAAAAUUUCCGUUUGGAAAUUUUGGGCACCGACAAAUUAAACAAAACGUGCAAAAACAUAAAAGUAAAAGUUAAGCAAAGGAAAACUGCAGGCGUCAGCAGUUAACGGAAGCCAGUAAAGAAAGCAUUCUUUGAUAUUAACGUCAAAAUGUUAAGCAACUAAUCAACUAAAAAGGACGUCAAGGAUAUAUUUUUAUAUGAAAUAGAAAUUACCAAUUGCAUGCAAUACGUAAAAAACAACACACAGGCAAGGAAUUUAUUGUCCGAACCACAUUUUUUCCACGCCAACUAACGGAACGAUUGAACUGACAAUUAACAAAAAAAACCCCCAAAAACGGCUUCCAAAUGAAGAUGGCAUCUCAACGGUUUUGUUUGCGCUGGAACAACCAUCAGAGCAAUCUGUUAUCUGUCUUUGAUCAGCUGCUGCACGCGGAGACCUUUACAGAUGUGACGCUGGCCGUCGAAGGACAAUACCUGAAGGCGCACAAGAUGGUGCUAUCCGCCUGCAGUCCAUAUUUCAAUGCGCUGUUUAUCAAUCAUCCGGAAAAGCAUCCGAUUGUCAUAUUGAAAGAUGUGCCCUAUUCGGACAUGAAAUCGUUAUUGGACUUCAUGUAUCGCGGUGAGGUAUCUGUCGAUCAGGAGCGACUCACCGCUUUCCUGCGCGUCGCCGAGAGUCUACGCAUCAAGGGUCUGACCGAGGUCAACGAUGACAAGCCCACAUCAGCAGAAAGCGCCCCAGCGCCGCCCCAAUUGCAACGCAUACAGCCGUACCUGGUGCCGCAGCAGCGCAAACAGCCAAAUGUGCUGGCUGCCAAUGCCGCAGCGGCCGCUCUUCAAGCAGCUGCCACGCAGCAGCACCAGCAGCAGCAGCCGUCGCUGCUUAGCACCGCCCUGAUGCCCAAACGUAAACGGGGCAGACCCCGCAAGCUCUCCGGCAGCUCCAAUGGCACCGGCAACGAUUACGACGAGUUUGAACGCGAGGGCAUCAUGAAUGACUCGGAUAUGGGCAAUGGCAAACUGUGCAAUGAGUCAUAUUCCGGCAACGAUGAUGGCUCCGAUGACAACCAGCAAGAAUCUGCGCACAAUGACGAUCUGAAUGAAAGCCGCGACUCGCUGCCCACAAAGAGAUCCAAGAGCGGGAAAGAUCAGCGCAUGGCACAGCAAGACGACAACAGCACUUCCGAUGGCAAUGACAGCGAUGGCGACGCCCUGGAUACAUCCUAUAUGGAGCCACAACUCAUGCUGGAUGAAUACGAUGAGCCCGUGGAGUUUAAAUAUAAUCCCUUAACGGACAGCUCACCCACGCAGGAUCAGAACCCAACAGCGGACAAUCAACACAUCAACGAGCAGGCGCGCCAGCAGGCAUUCCUCAUUGCAGCACAGCGGAAACAUCAGGUGGAAACCGCGGCGCUGGCUGCCUCAACAGGUGGCAGUGGCGGCGGCGGCGGUUUGAAGCUCAACAUCAUUGGCAUAGCCAGCGCUGCGGGUGGCGGCAAGUCCAUGGUCAGCAUACCGAAGCUAACGCCGAUUGGCAAGGUGAAUGCCGCCUCCACGCCGCUGGUGUCGCCCGCCUCGUCCUCCUCGUCCAAGCCGCGUGCACAGAAGCGACCCAAGCUCAAGCAGAAUGGCGAGGUUAAGAGUGUGUUUGCCGCUGGGCAGGAAUAUCUAGAUCUGUACAAUAGCAGCGAUGGCUUUAAGCUCAAAUCGGAGCUGUUGGGCGGCAGCACGCCCAAUCUGAGCAGCAGCAGCGCGGGUGGCGCGGGCAGCAUGUCCGUUACGCCCACCGUCAAAACCAAACUCAAUCUCAGCAGCAAUGUGGGCGAGGGCGAAACGGAGGGCUCUGUGCGCGACUAUUGUACCAAAGAGGGCGAGCAUACGUAUCGCUGUAAGGUCUGCUCCAGGGUCUACACUCAUAUAAGCAACUUUUGCCGGCACUAUGUGACCUCGCACAAGCGCAAUGUCAAGGUGUAUCCGUGUCCGUUCUGCUUUAAGGAGUUCACGCGCAAGGAUAACAUGACGGCGCAUGUUAAGAUCAUACAUAAAAUUGAGAAUCCAUCCACAGCGCUCGCCAAUGUGGCAGCCGCGAGUUUGGCAAAUCAAUCGGGGCUGGGCGUGGCCGUUGGUACAGCCACGCCGCCAGAUUUGAAUGCACAGAAUUCGAAUCAAUCGCUGCCGGCGACAAGCAAUAAUGCAUUAUCCACCUCAUCAUCGUCGUCGACAUCAUCGUCCAGCGGCUCAUUGGGGCCGCUGGCAACGGCAGCAGCGGCCGCUGCCGCGGCGCAGUAAUCUCCACACACACACACACAUAAACAAAGAGCCGCAUAUUCCAAAAUGAAAACUAUUAAAGAAAGAGUAAAAGCAAAAGAAAAUGUAAAAGUUGAGCAAAAAAGAAUAGCCUGAGGCAGCGCCAGGCGCUACGUGUGCCUUAUGUGCUUUAAGUGGGGGGGUUAGGUUGUGGCUUGGGGGGUUGGGGAUUAUGUAUAGGCUAAGGGCGGGUUUUUUUUUAGCAGAGGCCGUUAACAUUUCAAAUUUGUUAAUUUUUGUUUUUUAGUUAUUUACUUGGCUUUGUUAAAAGAAAAAAAAACAGCAUGAAGAAUUUCUCUUUCUCUUUAUAUAUGAAUACAUAUACAUAUAUACUUUUCUUUUAAUUUUUUUAUACGAACUUAUGUUGUGCAAUUAUAUUCAAACUAGUUUAAACAUUAUAUAAAACAAUCUAUAAAAAAAAAAACACAUUUUAUAUUUAAUAAAUUAAUAAUAUUAAAAUAAUGUUAGACAUAAAGAAAUGCAAAUUUUGGCAUUUGCAUAUUAUUUUUUAUAAAAUGAAUGCAGCACCGCAGCGGCCUUAUAAAGCACAUCCUUGUAACGCCCCAAGUUACAAUAAAAACUAAAAACUACAACAAAAAAAACUAAACUAAACUAAAUUUUAGUUAAUGACAAAUGCUAACUAAAUAUAUAAUAUACACAUAUAUAUAUAUAUAUAUAUAUAUAUAUAUAUAUUAAUCCAUAAACAUGUGCACAUGUGUCUUUGGUAUGCGUAGCUAUAGCUCUAUUAAUUAAUUUAUAUAUACCAUAUACCAUAUAUAUACCCUAUAUAUAUAUAUAUAGUAAACAUAAUGUUCAUCAUUUUGUUUUACGUUUAAACUUGUUUAUAAAUAUGUGUGAAAAGCGUAGCGCAGUUCUACCUUGUUGCCUUCAAAUGAAGCUAGUUGAAAGAAAACAUCAAAAAUUUAUAUGGAUUGGUUCUGAUCCCAAUCAAAAUUGAAAAUCAAAAAAAAAAAAACAAAAAAAACAUGCAACACAAAUCCCAACGAGAGAUUGCAAAUGUUUCGUUGCGAUUUGUGUGCGUCCACGUUAAAUGUUAAUAAACUAAUUUUAAAAGCAACAUUAAUAUAUAUUAAUAUAUUAUAUACAAUAUUACAUACAAUAAUUAACAUAAUAAUGAAUUAAAUAUGAUUAUGUUUAUUAUAUAAUGAAACAGAAAAUAACUAUGCAAAUAAUUUAUCAAUUUAUUACAUAAUUACAUUUAAAAAGCAAAAAACAAAAACAAUUAAAAUUUAUGUUGUAUAUCGGAGGCUUAAAUUAUCGCCAAAGAAAUGAAGCAAAACAAAAGUAAAAUUAAUAAAAAAUAAAUAAAAAUAAAAACAAAAUGCAAACAACAAAUAAAAGGAAAAACAUGUACAUUCAACAAAGCAACAGCAAAAAUAAACAAUUCAAAUAUAAACAAAUGCAAAAUAUGAAUAAACGCGAUCUCCAAAAACAAAAAACAAAACUUGAAAAAGUUAAAAAGCAAAGAGUAAAAAAUUGAAUUUGAAAUUGAAUUUGUUGCAUUCAAAAAAAAAAAAUAAACAAACACAAAAAAUCACAGACACAGCUCCAAUUUUUGUUGGCAUCGAAAAUAAAAAACCUAAUUAAAACAGCUAUUAAUUAAACAGUAAUAAUUAAAUACAAUAAUUUAUUAAAUAUAAUUUGUUUUUAAUUCUUUAUUUAGUGUUAGCUAGUGCAAUUUAGUUAAGUAAACGCUCUAUCCACCAACAAUCGCAACAGAUUCGAUAACUACAGCCUACCCCAACAACAACUAUAUAUAUCUAUAUAUAUAUAUAUAUCUAUUUUCUUUGGCAUUAACACAGCUAUACACACAUAUAUACAUAUACAUAUAUAUAUGUACAAUAUGUAUCUAUAUUGUAUGUACUUUAUUUAAACUUUAAUUUUAGUUUACGUUUUAUAUACAAAUAUGUUUAUUUUGCAUUCACACACACACACACACACACACACACACAUAAUGAAAAGAGGGAGCACCCCUAACAUUUUCCAUGCCUAAAGAAAAAAAAACAAACUUCCAACUCGAAAAUCUAUAUUUUUUAUUAUCAAAUCCCUUCCAUAAUAUUAUAUAUAUUAUAAUUAAACAGUCAUGCUUUUGAUGCCCAAAGAAAACGAAAAAAAAAGAUUAUAAAGUUAUAUAAAAACAGAGCUUGUUGCACAGUUAAAUAUGGUUGAAAGGCAAAAGUAAUGUGUGUGGUAAAACCCACAACAAACACACACACACACACACACACACACACGUGUGGCCUUGGCGCAGGUUUAGCAAAAACGCAAAAAUUAUAAAAAAAAAAUAUUUAAAAUAUAAAAAAAAAAUAAACAACAAUUAAGCUUGUAAAAUUAUUCAAUUUUAGUAAAUCAC